AAAUUGAGAAUUUCUUGUCAUUCCUUUCACCAUUGUGUUACCUAAUAACAUAAUAUUCUACAACCAAGAGAAAAAUAGAGAGGUAAAAUAUAUUUCUUAUAUUGGCUUCCAUUGACAUGAAUUCCUUUCUUAUCGGUCUCCUCUUCCUCCGGCUGAGAUUAAAAUUUCAAACUCUUCCAUUCCUCCACCACGGAGAACGUUGCCAUUGAUCGCUGCCUCCUCCUAUAACGUUACAGAUCCUCGAUUUUGCAUUACCAUCAACAGGUCGUUCCUCUAACAUCCCAUUUUCCAAGAUAAUAUCUCAUUACCAUUCUAUGUAACAUCAACAAUAGGAGAAAGAAGAAAAAUAUUCAAAUUUGUGUUUGGCCCUCCUCUCAUCUUGUUCACAAGCCUUAGAGAGGAGGUGACAUAACAUGGCGGGGACAGAGGACCCUUCUCCCGAUAAGAGAUCUGGAUGCGGAUUACUAACCGCGGUGUUCGGGAAAAAGGGAGGAGGGAUGUGGUCACGGAGAGGAACAUCUACAGGCUCCAUCCCACCCGUUGUGACGACAGUAGAAGCCAACCCCCGUAAUUUGGUCAUGUCCCCGAGUUUCGCAAAGAGGCGAAAGAACUCGGAAGAAGCCAUGAUGAAUGGAUCAAUGCAAGGUCAUCAUCAUCAAAACCCAAUCCCUAUUAAUCAUCAUCCCACCAAGGUCCCUCCCUCGAAUUCCCAUCCAUACCAACAGCCAUCAUCAAUAGGUAGAACACCAAAUGCAACAAGAACAACAAACAACAACGUUAAUGGGACAUAUGCAAGUAAGAAAGUGCCUAAGGAGAAAGUUAGCAUUUCUGGGGAGCUGGAUAGCAUGAUCAAUGAUCAUCAAAGGAACAACAAUGGGGAUAUUCAUUUGGUUCGUGCUUCCUCCAGUAACGUGAUGCUCUAUGGAAAUCUAGGAAACUUGAGGCAACCGCAACAGCAAGGGGAUGAUGUAGGGAAUGCAUACUAUCAAAGUAGUGGGAUGGCGAAUGUUGCGAUGAAGAAACAAAGUGAAUAUAAGAACAAUGCGCCAUCGUCUCUUUGCAGAGCUCUUUCAACGAGAAUGGACCCUGAGCAAUUGAAGAUCAUGGGGAACGAGGAUUACAAGAACGGGAAGUUUGCAGAGGCUCUGGCUCUUUACGAAGCUGCGAUUGCUAUUGACCCAAAUAAGGCCUCGUACAGGAGCAACAAAAGUGCUGCAUUAACAGCCCUGGGAAGGAUUCUAGAGGCAGUCUUCGAGUGCAGGGAAGCCAUUCGAAUCGAACCCAAUUACCAUCGUGCACAUCACCGCCUUGCCAACUUGUACCUCAGAUUAGGAGACGUGGAGAAAUCGAUCUACCACUACAAACACGCAGGUCCGGAGGCGGAUCACAUCGACAUCUCAAAGGCGAGAUCCCUUCAAACUUGUCUCAACAACUGCACGGAGGCGAGGAGAACGCGCGAGUGGAACAAUCUCAUCAGAGAAACAGAGGCUGCCAUAAGAGCAGGAGCAGAUUCAGCGCCCCAAAUAUAUGCACUACAAGCCGAGGCACUGAUGAAGCACAACAAGCACCAGGAAGCAGAUGAUGCGAUGAAAAGGAGCCCGAAUUUCGACGCCGAUGAGUGUACGAAGUUCUUUGGACCAAUUGGCAGCGCCAGCAUUUUGGCGGUGCGAGCUCAGGUGGACAUGGCAAUGGGAAGGUUCAAUGAUGCUCUGGCGGCAGCUCAGCGGGCGACGGCGUUGGAUUCGAACAACAGGGAAGCCGGCGCGGCGAUGAGGAAGGCACGAGCCGUCGCGGCGGCUCGUGCCAACGGUAACCAGCUGUUUAAGGUCGGGAAAUUUCACGACGCAUUGGCGGCGUACGAGGAAGGACUGCAGCACGAUUCUCACAACUCUGUUUUGCUCUGCAACCGAGCCGCCUGUAGAUCCAAGCUCGGGCAGUUGGAGAAGGCUGUUGACGACUGCUCCUCUGCUCUCAAUGUUCGCCCUGGGUAUGCCAAAGCCAGGCUGAGAAGAGCCGAUUGCUACGCUAAGUUGGAGAAAUUGGAAGCUUCAAUGGAAGACUACGAGAUGUUGCAAAAGGAAUCGCCAGAUGAUGAAGAGGUGAGGCGGGGCUUAAGGGAAGUCAAGGCAAGACUGAGGAAACAAAGAGGAGAAAUGUGAUAUAAAUAGUAGAAAAAUGUUCGGAUUGAAAACAUUUGUUGUAUAUUUUAGAUGGAGACCUGUGUUUUUUUACAAGAGAUGGAUGAAGAUGCUGCUGUAAAUUAAAAUUUCCUUGGUUCAAUAGAAUUAAUUUCAUGUACAAUGAUAAAAAUUGUGUAUAGAAUUUGAUUAUGUGCUCUCAAUGUGUUUGUCGGGA